AUGGUGACCUUUUCCAUUCCCGGCGAUGAUGCCGCCGAUGUCACGAAUGGCACCCCAAAGUCGCGACCGCUCUUUCCGUUUGCUAGGCGCGCUUACGCAACUGCUUCGCCCUUUGGGAAUUCGGCGGCCACGAAACGCCUGGGCACGCCGCAGACGCUGCCCAGGGCGAGGCUGUUGACGACGCGCGACCAAGUCCCGUCUAGCAGUCUGAACAGGAACUCCACCGCAACGGCACGAAAUAUUUUCAGGGCGUCCACCACCGCCGAAAGUCCCCCGACAACCUCUACAUUCUCCCCGAGCAUUCCGAAUAGCACAAUCAAGAAGGUUUUCGCGCCAGGCGCAACGCCCGAACCUUCGAGGUUGUACCGCGAAUCGGUCGCCCAGGCAACACCUCGUGGUAUGGCAACUAAAGCGACCGACAAGGAGCUUUUCCCGAUGCGCAUCGCGUCCCCUCCUCCGGAGCUCACCGGAGAAGUUUUGACGCAAAAGAUACCCAAGGACUGGAACUCCAAGGGGUCCAUCUACGCCGAUCAGUUCCUUGCCCAUCUCUGCCCUCCGGGGCUUGACGAAGAGCAACGCCGCCAGUUCUUCUGCAUUUUGGAUCUGAGGCGGCUCAAGUACGCCGCCAAUGAGAUCUUUUCCAAGAAGGAUUGGAAACUGAAUGUUAUCAACUUUGCAAAAGAGUUUGAAAAGAGCCGAAGCAUCAUUUUGCUGCGGUAUGGUCUGUACGAGUUUCAGAAUGUCAAGCCGUCCAAGGAUGUCCUUAGGAGAUGGCGCCGGGAACACGGUUUACCUGAGCCGGAGGAGGAGGAAGAUGAACAGUCUACGCCUUCGAGACCGACGACGUCCAAAAAGCGCAAAGCUACGGAAGAUUUCUCAGACACCCCAGCUCUCAAGGGCAAACGUCGAGCAAUGGAAACACAGUCUCCGCAGCCACAGCCGGCCUCUUUUACCCCUGCUACCGGGAAGAACAAGCGUAAAGCCUCCAUUAGUGAGGAACAACCGGCAAAACUGCAGAAAUCAACCCCCUCCUCAGCGAAAACCCUCUUCGAGAAAAUUGCCACUAAACCAGCAGCUACCACCAAACCCGCGGAGGAGCCAGCACCGACUCCAAAGCCGAACCCCUUUACCGUCAACAAACCGGCAGUCAGUAGCAGCCUGGCCCGGUCUGCGAUCAACAACAAUCUGAAACCGCUUGGCAGUAAGGCUGCUCCUGCGGGAGGCAACGUUUUUGGCUAUCUUUCGGAUGCCAGCUCCGGCAAGAAUAGCGGCGUCGAUGCUGAUGCUGAGAGCGAUUCCGAGUCGGAGCGGGACGACAGUCAAGAAGCCGGCCAGAGCGACGAGCCCGUCCUCACAGCGAGUGGUGCUAGUUUAUUCGGCCAAAAUACCGUCUCGUCUGCAAGCGGAGAAGCAGUCGGCCCGUCAAUCGCACCAGGCACGCGCGAGAGCACGCCUGGUCGAAGCUUGUUUGAUCGGGUAACCAAGGGCAGCGAUGGUCAGCCUGUCCGUGUUGCAGAGAAGGUUGGGGAGGCUGCAGCCGAAGCCGAAGCCGAAGCCGAAGCAGAGCCGGAGCCGGAGUCCACCUCCCAGCUUGAUUCGCAAGUUGAUUCUCAAGCCGAGUCUUUGGCCGACCCCUCGGCUGCAGAACAGCCUGCUGUCAGAGAUCAGACGUGGAAUCCUUCAACCACACCUAUUAAAUUUGCCCCACCGUCAUCGUCAGCUCCUGGUGCAUCUUUGUUUGGCAACACGGGAGCAAGCUCUUCAAGCUCCAUCUUCGCAGCGAAAACCACUGCGCCGUCCAACAUCUUUGGUGCUGCCAAGCAGGAUCAGCCAUUUGCCAAGGAAUCUUUGGCUGGAGCCAGCACCGAUGAGAGCAAUAAGGAUGGCACCGAGUCGGACAAGGAGAACGAAUCGCAGCCCCCCAAGAAGGCGCUUCUCGAAACGAAGACUUACACGAGCCAACCUCUUUUUGGCUCAUCCCCCUUCACCGCCAAGCCUGCAACUACCGAGGCCCUGAAAUCCACGUCGAGCUUGUUUGGCGGUGCUACUGCACCGAAGCUUGAUGCAAAGCCAGAGGAACAGCCAGCCGAUACAAACGCGGCGUCCGGUCUCUUUGGCUCACAAAACAAACCUUUGGAGACGGCGCCGCCUGCUUCAUCAUUUGGAGCCAAGCCUGCCGAAACAAAUAAGCCGGCUGCAAGCGAAGCACCGAAACCGGCGUCGAUAUUCGGCAAUGCUAGCUCAUCCGCCACACCCGCGACGGGCAGUGCUGCAUCUCUAUUUGGUGCCAAGCCAGCCAGCACUGCGGGCAGUCUCUUUGGCGGCGCAGCUUCAUCAUCAGUUCAGCAGCCUUUGUUCGGAGCUGCUCCUCCCACCCCUGCCGAACCGGCUAUGGCCAGAUCGGACGCCACGAAACCAAUAUUCAGUUUCGGCAACAGUUCCGCGGCGGUUCCAUCCGUUACCGCUUCGAAACCCUUGUUUGGAGCCCCCAAGUCGCCGCCUACAAGCGCAUCAUCCAACAACAUGUUCGGAAGUCCCAUGAAACAGGACUCUCCCGCUACGAAGAAGGUUUCCAAUGGAGACAGCUAUGGAGGAUCCUCGACUCCCAUAUUCAGCUUUGGAGGCGGUCAGACAGCUUCUUCCACAACCAGCCUGUUUGGAGCCUCGUCCGCUCCGGCACAAGGUAACCUCUCUGCGACCGCCGGUCCGAUCAACUUUGGGGGCGCACCGUCCAAGACGGGCUCAAACUCUGGCGGUUUCAACUUUAGCUUUGGCGGCCCUUCCACGACGCCGAGUGGCAGCUUCAAUAACCCUUUUGCUUCUGGCGCCGGUGGUAAUGCUUCCACGUCGGCUGCCCCCUCAUCUGGAGGCACGUUUGCCUUUGGCGCUGGAUCCUCUGCGCCACCUGGCCAGUCCGGAACCCCCUCGCUCUUUCAGUUUGGCGGUAGCGGCGGCGGCGCCCCCGCAACGACCGUUGCCGGGGCCGGGGCCGUUGCCGGGGCCGGACUAGGGACCGGAGGCUCCCUGUUUGGGGCGAACCAGGGCAGCAGCAACAAUGCGAAUUUCGUUUUUGGAGGCGCCUCGGGAACUGGCAGCGCCCCCUCUUUCAACUUCUCGGCUGGAGGCACCGCGCCGCAGGGGACUGGUUCCGUGUUUGGUUCCAACCAAGCUGCCCCGGCCUUCAACCUCCAGCCGCCAGCUGGUGGAUCCACGACCACCGGGACCAACUCUCCCCUGAACCUCGGAGGGGGCUCCAGCUUGGCUACCACACCGGCAGCGGGAACUCCUGAGCCUUCGACUCAAGCAGACGCGGCAAGGGAUGGCGGCGCCAAUGAUGAAGACGGCGAGAAACACGAGCAGAUCAACCUGACGGACAGCGUCGAUGAGGAGGAAGAGGUGCUCCACGAAGUGCGGGCCAAGGCUCUCAAGUUUGUUCCCUCUCCUGACAAGACUGAUGGAUCAGAAGACAAGACCAAAUCCAAGAGCCCUUGGUCGACAGUAGGAGUGGGGCAGCUGCGAUUGCUCCAACACAAGGAGACGAGUCUUGUCCGCCUGCUCUUGCGGGCCGAGCCUCGUGGACAUGUGGUUCUCAAUCGUGCUGUGCUUCCGAAUAUGUCAUACAAGGCGGAUGACAAGUACGUCAAGCUGACGACGACCAACGAAGCGGGGGAUGGGCUUGAAACGUGGAUGAUUCAGGUGAAGACGAAGGAAGUGGCCAGAGACUUGGCUGCAAAAGUGGAAAAGCACAAGGAGCAGAACAGGAAAUAA